GAGGAGUCGUUUCACUGCAGUCUUUUCACCAAGCUGCUUCUCUGAUUACACGCUCGUCCCCGCCCCCUCUGCACACAGCUUAAGCCAGUGGUGAGGCUGCUUUUCCUGCAUGGAGGCGUUGCUUUCGGGCUUAACCGCCUGGUUGCCUAGGGAACCGAGCUGCAGAGACAGACGGGUUCAAAAGGGUGGAGGAGGGGAUGAAAGCGUUUCCAGGUCAGCUCAAAACAUGGAGAGAGGAGCAGAGAAGCAACGAGGACAAGAGGAGGAAGAAGAGGAAGGAGGCUCUACGCAGAGGCCAUGGGGGGAGGUGGAGGUGCUGGCUCUGGUUUCGGCGUGGGACGAGGUGGUGGCUCAGCACGGGGCUCAGAGCAGAGUCACAUUCCAGCUGAUCUCAGAGCGUCUGAGGCGGCUCAGCGUGUUGCGUAGCUGGAAGGACUGCAGGGCAAAGUGCAGGAGCCUGAGACUGGACAGCACGAGGCCCCCAGUGGAUGGGAGGACGAUGGAAGGGACAGACCAGCAAAGAGGAGUCCCCUCGGCUCACACGCAGGAAGGGGUCAAGACCCAGGUCGGCGUGGCGGAGGAAGGCGGCCGCCACUGGACGGACGACGAGGUGCGCGCCCUGCUGUGCGUGUGGGCGGACGGCCGCAUCAGAGAUCGCCUCAAGACCACGCUGCGCAACAAGUUCAUCUUCCAAGAGAUGUCUCGCCACAUGCAUCGCACGUUCGGGGUGGUGCGCAACUGGAAGCAGUGUCGGACCAAAUACAAGAACCUCAAGUACGACUACAAGACGGCCAAGAACGCCCACGAGGGCGACGGAAGUAGUGGCAGUAACGGCGCGGGGAAGUACAUGAAGUUUUAUGACGAGGUGGAGGCCAUCCUGACAGACCGUGGCCUGAACGACAUGCCUCUGGAGGUGAAGGGGAAGUUGUUUGAUGGCGAGAGGACAGAAAAGUCCGAAGGCGAGGUCAUCAUAGAGAUUGGUGAUGAUGACAACAGCGAUGAUUGCGAUGAAGACGGCGACACUGAUCCAAAAUGGAAAGGACAAGAUAUGCCCAGCAGUGGCCAGUUCCAUGUGGUCACUGUGUCGGACACGGGCCGUAACUGGAGCGACCAGGAGGUGCGAGCGCUGAUCCGGGUCUGGUCCGACGACCGGGUGCGGCUCCAGCUCGAGAGCUCGACCAGAAAGAGGGACAUCUUUAUGCAGAUCUCCAACAGUCUCAUGCAACAGGGCAUUGAACGAGACUGGAAGCAGUGCCACACCAAGUACAAGAACCUCAAGUACCUCUACCGCUCCUUACAGAAGGGUAAGCCCGACGAGGGUGACCCGAGACGUCUCAUGAGGUUCUACGACGAAGUGGACGCCAUUAUGAAUCGCAGGGCUACAGACCACCAAGCGGAUUUAAGUCCAAUUUCUAUGCUGGAGAUCCAUGAGGACAUUUCUUCAACCAAGGCUGAUAUGGUGACGGAUAUGGAGGAAAAAACUUGCAGCUCUGAUUCGCUUUCACAGAUUGGCAUGACAGCAAUGCCAAUGGAAGAAAAAGGAAUUAAAACAGAAAGUAGUCACCACUUGGAAGUACAGCACCGACUAACAGGCUCCUGUGAAGAUAGUCGAGCGCAUAUCAUCAACAGGAGAAGGAAAAGGAAGGCGGAGGAUGAAGACGACACAUUCCCGACACCAUUGAAACGGAUAGACUGUGGCAACAUGACAUUUAAGGAAGAGUCGGAUCACAUUCCGAUCAUAGACGUCCAUUCAAUUUGCUCCAUGGCCUCACAAGAGGCUCCUCCAAAGACACAGGUAAUAAUCAGAAUCCAAAUAAUAAUUCAUAUCAAUGCAAAGAGCAAAGAGUCAGGUAUGGUCAUAAGGAAAUUCAGGUAUGGUCAUAAGGAAGUACGGUUGAAAUUAAAUCACACACAUUGUGUGAGAACACAUCAUUAUUUUAGGGCAGAUCUUUUGCCCAAAAAUGACCUUUGACCGGCUUAGGAGUUCACUUCCGAACUUGGGAGUGACCUGUUGCAGAAGAUUCCUCAAAACAUUUUAGAUUUACAUUAAGGACUAGGAUUUGCCUAAUUAUAUUAUUACACAAUUGCCAAUGCAUUUCAUUAUUUAAAAAAUGUGUAGUUUUUACGGUAAAUCCUGGCGAGUGAGCUGCAAGGUUUUUUGCUUAAGAACUACAGAUUUUUUGCAGUGGUUUUUUUUACAGCUUACUAAUGUAGAUGGCGCUGUUUUUUGAGGUAAAAUUUUGGCAAUCGAGCUGCCAAUUUGUAUUACUGUUAAUGGAAAAACCAAACCUUUUUUUUUUUUUAUGUGGCAGAAUUUUAGCCAUUAAAAAAGUGAAGAGCUAUUGUUCCAUUAACAGUGAUAUGCUGUAAAAAGUACCGUCAAUUUUACGGUAAAAAAAAUUGGCAGCUCAGCCACCAGAAUUUUACCGUAAAAUCUACUGUCAUUUUUACAGUGUAGAAUUUGAUGGACAACUUGUUGUAAAACUGUGAGUCAAGCAGAUAUUUUAAAAAAAACUUUUUUGGAAUGGAUGAUAAUACAUCUGUUGCAUUAUUAGGUAAUAUUUAGGUUUAAAAGACAUGCAAUAGAUGUCAAAACGGAAAGAACACAUAUUUAGCAGAAAAAGAUAAAGUC